AUGCCGCGGCACCGCGCCGCUCAGUCACCAUCAUCGGGCCUUUGGUGGGCGUGUGGCAUGAUGCCAAUGUUUGUGGCUAUUGCAACGGAUUUGAGGGAGAUGCAAUCUCACCACCUGUCAGUACUAGUAUGCAAGAAAUGGCCACAAGUCGGGACGCAGGCUAAUAUUGGUGUCGGGCGCAGGCUGGUGAUUAGCUACAACGGGAUUCAACAGGAUGAGUUUAAAGUUUUCAAAGAAGCUGCCAAGUUCGAGAGCGUAGGGACACAACUCGCAGGUGCUUUGCCCAUGACAGUGGUAGAUGCCUUGGCGAGGGUGGCCCGCCGGGGACCGACAGACAUCGGGCCUUUUUUUCACUGA